AGAAACCUUAUUUUUUGUAUCAGAAUUUGUUUGUAUAAAUUAAUUUUUGUAUAUUUUUAAGAAAAAAUUUUCCUGCAAAUACAUAUGGUUCUUAACAGUGUAAUUUUGUCUUAAUAAGUUUUUAUGCAACCAUAGAUAAUAAAAAUAUUUUAAUGUUACCAUUUACAUGGGCAAUUUUGUAUAUUAGAAUGUCUAAUGUAUUAUAGUUAGGAUAAGAUAAAGUACAGGUAAAUAUACUUGAAUUUAUUCGCUUAAAGUACAUACAAUUUUUCAAUAAAAAACGUUAUAGUAUUUCACAGAAAGAAAAAAUUGAAAUUUGUAUUACUUUUUAAGAAACUACUUUAGCAUGUUAGGUUUGGAAAUUUAUGUUUAUUUAAGGUUUUCAUAUACAGUGUCUUCAAUAGAACCAACACUACUAGAGAAAAGACUUUGUGAGGCAUUUGAUGUUUUCGAUACUUCAAAAAUCGGUGAAAUAGAUGUUAGAGAUUUAGGAACUAUUAUUAGAGCAUUGGGAUGCGUUAUUACGGAAGCCGAAUUACAAGAGAUACAAGUUGAAGUGGAAGAUGUAGAAAAUAAUUCUGUGCCCCUAAAUAGAUUUGUAGAAUACAUGAACAAAGCUAUUAACGAACGCAAGUUUAAACCAGCUGAACCAGAAGACCUAUUAAAAGCAUUUCAAUUGUUAGAUCCUGAAAAUCGAGGCUACAUAAUGCGUGACGUUUUAGAAAAAGCAAUUAUGGAAAUUGGUGAACCAUUUUCAGAACAAGAAGUAGCUGACAUGAUGGUUAUUGCAUGUGAUCCAGAAACGAAAAGAAUUAAUUAUGAGCAUUAUAUUAAUUUACUAAUUGUGGAAUAAUAUUACAGCUUACAAUAUGAUCUAAACCCUCUUGAACGGAGUGAUCUCUUGAGUAAACCAAACUUAACUUUGAACCUUGCACUGCAACUGGACUUUUACUUGCUAUUGUCUUUGCAAGUUCCAUUGAUCCUUCUAAUAAGCUGGAAGAAAUGAAAACUAUAAUGCACUAAAUUGUUCACAUGAGUAUAAGCUAAAUAACAUAUUAAGCAAUUAUAUAUUUAUAUUUAAUAUAAAUAAAUUUUACCUUUCUUGAUUUUCAAAUGUACGACUAACAAAACCAUGUUGUAAGGCUUCAGAAGCUGUAAAUUUUCUUGCAGUAUAUACAAGUUCCCUAACUAAGCUAUCAGAGCCUAUAAUUUUGGGAAAUCGUUGCAAUGUACCCACAUCAGCAGCCAUACCUAUAUCGACUUCUUUUAUUUGAAACCAUGCAUCUGAAGAACAAUAUCGAAUAUCAGCUGCCGAUAUCAUAUCUACUCCAGCACCAACACAUGCACCAUGUACGGCUGCAAUUACAGGUUUUGGACACUAAAAAGGUAUAAAUAA